CGAAAUUCAAUAUUUUGUGAAUUUUUAGACUACGAUGGAUACUAGAAGGCCGUUUAGUGAACUUUUGGGAGAACUGGACGGUCUUGACAAGAGUUUACAGCAGAAAAAGAAGAGAAUCGAAGAGGAGUUGGAGAACAUGAUUGAACUUUCUAAGACGAGAGCUGAGCAGAGAAAACUGCUCCUUAGAAAAGAGUACGGUAGAAUCCUUGAGAGACUGAACUAUAAAGACCUGGAGACUAUGAACGUAGUGAGAACUGCAACCGUCAACUCUGCCUGUGAUGUUGAAGCCAGGGCGAAAAAAAUUAGGGUAAAGCUAGAGAAAGAAAAAGAAAGCGGAUCCCGGAGAGAUGAUCUGUUGGAGUACCAGGAGGAAUACAAGAACAUGAUGGAGGAGAUUGACAACCUGGAACGAGGCAUAAAACUCUCUAUAGCAGUAGACUCCCACCUACUCCAGUUAGGAACGGAGGAGGCAAUCUAUACCAAGAGCAAGGCUUGUGAUCCGAAGAAGUUUCGUCUAGCGCUUAACUCCGGAGUGGAACUAAACCCUUGUAUCUUGACCGAACCUCCGUACUCCUUCAACAACAAUUGGAUAAGAAGGUCGAUGGAGAUCAAUUUCAGCUGCGUGAACAGCAAUGGAUCUGAGUCUGGCACGCUUCCGAUCUAUUCAGCAAUGUUGAAAGAUCUCAUCAGUGUUGGAAAAGCUACAGUUCUUAAUGAUCACGUAGUGACGCUGACCAGCCUUCCCUCUACUAGUACAGGGUAUGGAGAGCUUGAUGUAAAAAUAUUGGGCGUGCACAUCAAGGACGGAAGGAAAAGAAAGUUUUUAAUGGAAAACAAUGUUAAUGGGAGUUGUCAAUCUUUUCUCGAUGAAACCUCACAUCGCAUAGGAUUGGGAGGCCUUGAUUCCUCCGAUCUAGUUAGUCUGGAUAUGACAACCAGAAACAAGAUUAGAACUAACGGAAAUACGACCAACGGAACCGAAGGUCUAGCUGUAGCUCCUAAACCUUUGGGACAGCACGGCCUCUCUGUGGUGGAUGAGAUCCCGGAGAACGGAAAAACCCUUAACAACUCAAUUUUUUCUCCAGUCUCGGACCGGUGUCAGUUUUCUACUAUGAGAGAGACCUCUGCGUCCCAGCUUUCCGAUCUAUUAGCAAGUCUGGAGCAUGAACUUCCUCGCCAGGAGAACGACCCUGAUAGUCCUAUCCUCGCCCAAUCUCUCGGUUCAGGUCGGAGAAGUGUCGAUGACAUGCAGAGAAGUUUGAGCCGUGAAAACUCGCGGGAUAAUUCUCCGAUUAAGGACGUGGUUGAUAUCGGUGGUGGACUAAACAAAUCGAUAAACUUCGCCGUGAGAACUCAGAUAUUCCAGGAGUUGGCUACUCCCCAGGUCAAGGAGACUAACAGGAGAUAUUCGAUCCAGGAGGGAAACACCAAGGUGAAGGAUGGUAUUGCAGGAGUGUCACGCCGGAUAAAGGAUAGAACUGCGCCUGCCGAAGCCACCUUAGAACCAGAAUAUGAAAAACCCCGAACUCCGGACUAUAAUGAUUCUAUUUGGGACGAGGAUAAGGACGAAGAUCUCGAGGCUUUGGACUCGUUUAGGUUCCAGGAAGAGAUGUGGGAGACGAGUUUGAACAAGUCGAUGAACUUGACGCUCUGGGAACCUGAAGAGGAGCCUAGCAGUUUUAAUUUUAUCUCCGGGAACCUCGAGCUAGUGGAUACUAUUCGUAAAGGGGAUCCAGGGAUUUAUGGAUUGGAUGCACCCUGUUUCCUAGCAUGGCAGCAAGAACAUCAGGCCAUCUUGAUAACUGAACCUUACCACGGGAGGGUUGGGGUUUACGGAGAUCAGAACCUCGAUUUCCAAGGUUGGCUUAACUCCAAGGAGUUGUUGGUCCGGAAUCCUCUCCAUAUUCUAGCCCUACCCGGAGAGAUUGUAGUUCUGAUCCAGAAACGCGGACUUUACAUCUACAAGAUGUCUGAUGAACAACAUAAGUAUGUAGAGCACCAGAACUUUCAAGGGGUGUACAGGGGACUCGCGGAGGGGGACACUGGGGAGAUCAUCUCCCUCGUCAUGAUCAACAAGGAACCACACAUCAGUAUUCUGAGUCUAAACCCUGAAACCAACCAAUAUGAAACUGGAGAUACUGUUGAACUCUCUGUCACUGCUACUAACAGACCUGAUGUUGAACCCCAGCUGCGUAACCUGGUUUAUUUCAACAACAAGAUUUAUAUCACAGACAUGGGUCUCUCCAGGAUAUAUAUCAUUGAUAGAGUUGAAAAAACUCAAACCUCCCAUGGAUACAACGGUGACGGAGUGGGUCAGUUUAAGAAACCUCUUGGUCUUCUCCUGGAUGAUCUUGGGCACCUUCUGGUGGCGGACAACAAGACCGGCAAGGUCAUGGUGUUCAACUCCCGGGGGCAGUUUAUAAAGAAUAUCUCGUUUGAUAGUGAUUUGAGACGUCCCGUCGGAUUCCUCAGGAUAGGAAACAGUAUUCUACUCGCCUUUGCCGGGGAAUGUGGGAAGCACCAGGGUGUAUUGAGGUUCAAAUUUGAACCAGCAACAGAAGAGAGGAGACUGGGUAGUCCACUAAACCCGGAGCUGUAAAAGUAGGCUCGGAGAAUGGAGAAUGGAGCUCCCAAAAAA